GACUCUACAGCGCUGUCAGGACCGGACCGUGAACCCGGAGACGGUACACACUGAGGCGAAAGGAGACACAGGAUGGAGCGGAUGUCUGAGGAGGCGCUGAGGCUCAACCUCCUGAAGCGAGGCCUGGAGUCCCCCAGCGAGCGAGAGGAGGCGCUGGCUAAGCGCCUCAAAAUGGAGGGUCACGAGGCCAUGGAGCGCCUCAAGAUGCUGGCACUGCUAAAACGCAAGGACCUAGCUGACCUAGCAGCCCUGGAGGUCGCAGGGCCCCUGGGAGAUGGGAAGGGCCCUGGAGCCAGCUCCCUCCACCACCAGAGCCUAAUGGGUGCUGCUUAUGAAGAGAAACUCAAUGGGAGUCUAAGGCUGGGAGGCCAUGGAGGCCAUGGGGGCCAUGGAGGCCAUGGUGGCCUUGGCAGCCAUGUUGGACCCAGUAAGCAUGGGAAGGAGAACAUCCUUGAUGAGCCAGUGGAUAUGAGUGCUGGGAGACGAUGUGAUGUGGAGCAUGACAGACGAACUCCGUCUCCAGAUGUUAUUAUCCUAUCAGACAAUGAAGCGUCCAGUCCCAGAACAACACCUCGUCCUGAGGAGCGCCUACACCAGGCCAACCUUGACAUGUUUAAGGGGAAGACCGGAGAGGAGAGGCAGCAGAUGAUCAAAGCUCUGAGAGAGGAGCUGCGUCUGGAGGAGGCUCGACUGGUGCUGCUGAAGAAGCUCAGACAGAGUCAGAUGCAGAAGGAGAACGUGGUGCAGAAGGUCCCGGUGGUCCAGAACGCCGCGUCCUCUGUUCAGCCUCCUGCCAUCCACAGCUCUCCUGGCAUGGGGAAGCUGCCCAUGAGGCCGGGCCUUCACAACCCUGAGCCCCAGAACCUCCGUACUGCACAGGGUCAUACUGUCAUCAGGUCAGCAGCCAAUGCCAACCUGCCACCAAUGCUAAUGUCCCAGCGGGUGAUAGCCCCCAACCCGUCCCAACUGCAAGGCCAGAGGAUUCCCUCCAAGCCUGGGAUGUCACGUUCUAGCUCUGGCAGCAUGGCCAAUGCUGUCAGCUACCAGCAGGCAAGCCAGCAAGUGGCAGCUUCUCAGCGCUCAGGCUCCAGUGCCAUGUACAUGAACCUGGCCCACAUGCAAGCAGCAGCAGCGGCCGGCGGGGUGGCAGGCGGCCUGGGUGGAGCUUCAGCUGUUAGCCCAUCAACCAUGUCCGGUUCAGCCAGCGGAGGGGUGAGCUCCAUGGCCGACCAGGCCAGCAGCCAGGCAGCAGCCAAACUGGCCCUCAGGAAGCAGCUGGAGAAAACCCUGUUGGAGAUCCCUCCACCCAAACCCCCUGCCCCGCUUCUCCACUUCCUACCCUCUGCCGCCAACAGCGAGUUCAUCUACAUGGUGGGCCUGGAGGAGGUGGUGCAGAGUGUGCUUGACAGUCAGGGUAAACUCAGAGGGACACUGGCCCGCAUGGAGCCCUUCUUCUGUGCUCAGUGCAGAACUGACUUCACCCCUCACUGGAAGCAAGAGAAGAGUGGGCGAAUCCUCUGUGAGCAGUGCAUGACGUCCAAUCAGAAGAAGGCUCUGAAGGCGGAGCACACCAACAGGCUGAAGAACGCAUUCGUGAAGGCCCUGCAGCAGGAGCAGGAGAUUGAACAGAGGCUGCAACAGCAGGCAGCCCUCUCUCCCAGCUCAGUUCCUACAGGCCCCAACGCCUCUAAGACUGAUACCAUUAUGCGACAUCAUGCCCUUCGCCAGGCUCCCCAGCCUCAGGCCUCCAUGCAGAGAGGUCUGUCCAACUCGGCGCGAGGUGUUCUUUCAAACUUCGCUCAGGCCUCCCAGCUGUCAGUGGCCAGCAGCCUAAUGGGAAUGUCUAGUGCUAAGCACUGUGGAAGUGGUGGAAGCAGCAGCAGUAGCAGCAAUAGACUGCAGCAUGACAGCCGUCGCCAGAUCUACAACAUCCCAGGGUUAAAUAUUGCAUAUCUGAACCCAGCGGCAGUUGGAGCGCAUAAGAGCUCCAGCUUAGCAGACCGGCAGAGAGAGUACCUGUUGGACAUGAUCCCACCUCGAUCCAUAUCGCAGUCCAUCACCGGACAGAAAUGAGCCCAGACCAGCCCUCCUGCCCCUCUGAUGUCACACCCAUCCUGCCCCUCUACCCCCAUACUGAAGCACUCCCAGAUCAACCAACAUCCCCAAACCCCACCGCAUGCAGUGCCUGUCCGUGUGCCUACCUUAAACCAACCCAUGAAAACCCACCAAGUCGGACAAAGACACUAAACUGUCAGUGCAUCUCCAAUGUUCUUAUGAUAGUAAAAAUCGUCUUCGUCAGCUUUGUUUAAGAAUUAUAAUUCCCAUUAUUAUCGCUGUUGGUAGCACUAUUAUUAUUAUUAUUAUACCUGCAACUACCGUUUUUGCUUCAGUUACUAUUACUCAUUAUGCUUUUUUCUUUUCCAAGUGUUUGGUCCAUUUUUUGUUUCUCUGCUGUCUCUUCUUCACUUUGGGGAGUGACGGUGAAUCAUUGUAGGGUCGCUUUAGGCCACAGUCGAUUAGGAUUACUUUUCUCCUUUUAAUUAUAAUGCUUAGAUGUGACUAUUGCUAGUAACAGAAGAUCAAAAGGUUGCAUUCUGGUUGCUAUGCAACAUAAAGUUUAACAACUUAAGCUUGCUAAGUUGAAAAUACUGAUAGGAACAAAAACAGACAAAAUUAAGUUAGUGACUGCUCUUGAAAAGGCCUGUUCUUGAAAUUAAAAUGUGAGGGGGGCUGAAAGGUCAAAGCAGAGCAUCUCCACUUGUAUCAUCACGUUAAAAGGGUCAGAUUCAAAGGCUGUUUUUGCACUGACACAGUUCAAGUCCAACCUGGCGUCCAGGGCAGCAUCAGAGGUGCACAUGUGUACAAAAGUGAAUCUUGUGUGAAAAGCAUUUGGAGAAGAUUUUCCUUUGGUAUUCGGCUCCCACAUUCCUCAUCAAGAGAUCUUCAUCGGUUUCUUCACUUCAGAUGUCAGCUUCUUGUUACAAAUUUGAAUAGUAACCAGAUAGAUGUAACCAGGAUUUCCUGCAAUUGUAUUUAUCAGGACUGGCAGACACCAUCAGCGGACCAGCAGUCUAUAUAGACUCUAAUGAGCUGACGGGGGACGGGAGGAUGUUCUCUACAAGUUAAGCCAAUAUUCACUUCCCAGGGGGCAAUGGUCUGUCAGGGAGGAGCGCAUUGAUUGUCUUUCCUGGUUCCAUCCCAUCUCACUACCUCCCACUGACCUCCACCAUGCCCCCCUCACAACCAUUGUUCAUCCAGUGCACAGACUGAAGCUUUUGUAUCCAGUAACUCCUCUUUGCAUCACAUAGAAGGUGAAACAAACUCAAAUCUGAAGGUGGAAUUACAAUUUGUGUGUCCAAACCUCAGAUUCUCUACCUAGAAACCUACAAUCUGGGUUCCUUUGCUUCUUCUAUUUGGGUUUUUAGGUUUUUUGAUUGUUGCCCCCACCCCCAAACUUUCUGUGCUUUAUUUUGAUUAGUUUAUCUGGAUUUUUGUUUGUUUAUUUUUUUUUCGGCGUCUCUUAAUGAAUUGGUGGCGAACCUGAGAGGUAUUAGCCCCUGGAGACGAUAAUAAUCAACAUAGCUUAAAACACAAACUAUUGAAAUAUCUGUAUGGAUUAUGUAUAGAUAUCUAGAAAAAAAAAAAGGUUGAGGAUUUUAUCUUUUAUGGGAGAGACAUGGAUCAAUCAUUGUGUGCAUGCUCUGCACACAAGUUCCCUCACUCCAGAGGAGCACUUUGCUUAUUUCCAAUUGGAAAAACUUUUUUUAAAGAAAAAAGGAACAGAAUGUCACAGUUGAGAGUGGCUAAGUUCUAGAAGCUGGCUGAUGGCUGACCAGAGUAAGGGGGCAUGUCACCAAGUAGCGUUCUAAUGGCUGAUGAAAAGUUCAAUUCUAAUUUACAAUGCUUAAUGUUUCAGUUUCCACUUUCACGGUGUGCUCGGUUAGAGCCAGACUGUGUACUCGGUACAUAUAAGCUGCUGCUGGCUGGAGUACACCAGAGUAUAUGAGUACCUGAGUACAUAUAACAGCAUCGGCCUCACUGUCUGAUAAACCCAGCAGUAACUGAAACUUUAAAGCAAUCCCACCUCUUAAUUCUUAAGUCUGAACUACAUGACUUUGGACCAAAUCCUCAACUGAUGGGGGAUCUGCUUCAAACAGUUUGAUAUUGCAACACUGACUCACACACAGAAACCAGGUCCUGAAUCAAGAUACAGGACUCAGACAGACUGUGUGAACCCCAGUACUCAUGGGAGAGUGAUGAGACAUUCACAUAAAAGUUAGGAUGAGAAAAUGUCUCUCCUGUGGGGAGUUCAAACUUUACACGUGUGAGGUUAGAAUGGCUCAAUAAAUCCCACUCCCUACUUUUUCCUAUACUCAAUGUGACUACAGUGGAACCUGUUGUUUGCUCCAGGCGUGUUAGUGUCCCCAGCACUCUGAAUGUUACCACUUGAUACGGUUAAAUGAUGCUCUUAAUGCAAACCAAAUGUAAAAACCACAUUUCUACCUGUUUUUCAACUGCUGUUGCAUGUUCAAAUGUUCAAAAAUCUGUUUCCUCUUGUUUUCCAGCUGUUUGACCAGAUCAUGGAUCAACACAGAGUGCUGAGCUCACAAAUAGAGCCAUAAUUACCCAAACAUAUUUAGCACAGACAUUCACUCAGUGACUUACCGACACACACUGCUGCAGGAACACAAACCAGUAUCAUCUUUACAUCUGGUGAUUAAGACUAGUGUGGAUUUUUCUUCUCAGAUGUUGGCCACUCAAGUGAUGCCUAUUACAUGCAGGCUUUUAGCUGUUCACUGCUACAGAGAGUCCUACAAUGAUAUUUGUCUUGCUUUGCACAUUUAAUUCACUGAACUGUUGAAUCUGUUCAGUUGUGUACAUUUUUUCAUUUGGAGGCAACAAUGUCCCAUGAGUUUCUUCAGUCAUGGACACUUAGUGAGCCUUGAGACCCAGAGAGUUCAGACCCGUGCAGUUCACACAGAAAUUCAUCUUGAUCUUCUUUCGAGGGUUCUGCUGCACUAGCUUAACAAAAGCAUAUGUCCCAAUCAAGUCUACAUUUGCAGUUCCUGGUAGUGGCUGUCAGUCUCCAUAUUGGCUGAACUCUGAUGUAAAAAGAAACAACUCAUCACUGGUUACCUCAGACGUCUGUACUACGGAGCAGGAUUUGUGGUUAGCAAGAUUGCUUUAGGUUUAAGCCUUGUUUUUCAACAAAACAUCUUAUAUCAGAGACUGACUGAAGCACAUAAACUUGUACCAAUAAGAUAUGAAAGUAAGCCUACUUACUACUUACAUUUAUUUCUUAUAUUUAUUUGCAUCUGACAGCUCUGGGGUAGUAGUUAAGAGAAUAAGGCUAAAAAAAUACAAACAUGAAAAUGAUAUCCAGAUCUACUUGUGCUGUAAUGACUGAACACUGAUGUUAUCAGCACAUUAAGUUACACAUUCACACAGUUGGUGAUAUUAGGGCUGCUGUCCUUCCUGCAUUUGGCAGCUGCAGCUGUUUUUUUAAAAUCCUGGAUCAUGUGUUAAACCAAUUCGUAUUGUUCCUUCCUCUGUUUGCCGCUCUGCUGCCAAUAAACUUGUCACUGGUCAUGUCCUGCACACACUGCCCUUUAUAUGUGAAGGUGCUCAGGAACCCUGGGUUGACUAUCGAGUUGAUAAUCACCGUCAUAUGACAUUUUUGAGCUUCGUGGAGUCAGAUAACAAAGAUAUCUUGGGUAGGUUGAGCCUGCUUUGUAGUACAAGGCCCUGAAGUGCUGAUUUCUUGAGUUUGCAGUAGCAAAUCAAUCAUUCCAAGCAGUGUUUCAGUCAGUGUGCAAUGUUACUCAUUGACAUGGUGACUCCUUACAGGAGAGCUGAGGGGCUAUGAAGUCAGUUUGGGGUUAGAGGCAGGAGAACCAGCCAGUUGACUGACUGAGUAGCUUUGAGUGGGCUGUCAAACAGAAGGUGAAGAAAAGGUCUCACACUUUCACCCUUAUUCCACAAAAUCUUUUUAGUGACUUAUUUUAGCAUGACAUCCAGUCAAUGUCAGACUUUAUUUAGGCUUGUGCACAUACAGUAUACUGAUGCAACAUACACAGAUCCAUUAUUGACCUGAGCCGGCCACUGUUACAGAGUGGUACAGGUGGACUAACACGGCUUCUGGUAGCAAUGUUGAAUUCCAGCUCAGGUUUCUGUGCAGUUGACUUUAGUACUUGGACAAUAUCUGGUUUUUGGCUUUGUAAUCAUACGACUGGCUCCAUUACAGUCACUUCAUUUUGAACUCCUACUCACCUUUUAUCAGACACCAGAAUUGGAUUCUGUUCACUUCUUCGGUUGUUGAGCAAAUACUGUACUUACAAAAUUAAUGAUAUUCAGCUUCAACUGGCCCUUUACCAAAGCCAGUAAACAUUUUAGCUUCUCACAAAAAAAUAAAAUGGAAAGAGAAAGUAAAGCACUUCAUAUGGAGGAGUGUGUGUGUAUAUGUGCAUGUCUUUCUAUGGUUGUGAGGAACAAAAGCAGCAAUGUGAGGGCAUUUUGACUUGUGAGGACCGAGCGUUUUGAGGGUUUAAAGGUUCUGAUUAGAAUCAUGUUUAGGUUAGGGUAAUGGUUGGAAUUAGGCUUUCAGUUGUGAUGGGUAAGGUUAGGGUAAGGUACAAAGGAAUGUCUAAAGUCAAUUAGUGCCCUCACAACCAUAAAAAGACAAAUGUGCGUGCAUGUGUGUGUCCUGGCAAGUCUUGUGUAUGUACAGUAGUAGAAGCUAGCAGCAGUAGUGUUCAUAUCAUUGUUGAAUUAGCCCAGCAGCUAGUUAGCUAAAGUAGCUAACACAGGCCACCUCUGUAUUCACUCCUGUUCCACUUAUUGCUCUGUGUUGUCUUUCAUUGACGGCUCCUAUCUUCAGCUAAAAUAUAAUACUGAAGUUAGUAUCAGGUCUUCAGAUAGUGAGCAAAAUCAUGACAUUAACCUUGUUGCAGGGAAGCCGUCAUUUUAACAGGAAAUCGGAUGACUUUGUUUUUGUAGCUGGUGCUGCAGAAGAGUAUUUGAUAGUUUGAGCCUUCAUGGGGAAAAACACAUCAUACGGCCAAAGGUCAGGGAGGCACAGGUUCCGAGACCAUUUUGGACAAACCCAAGACCGUAUCACAGUAGGCUGUCAUUACCUUUAGUCAAAGCCAGUCUCUUCAGGUGUGUCUGACUGUGUCCAGGAAAGUCAUUGAAGGAGGUUGUCGGUUGAACUGUAAGUUAGUUUGUUGUGAACUCUUCCAGCCAGACUGUGUUCUGGUUGAUCGUAUUCUCCUGCCCAGUGAAUAGAAGACUUUGGCCACGACUAUGAAACUACCUAGGGCUAGAUUCAUCAUGAAUUUUUAACAUCUGGGACAAUUUUUACUUUAUGUUUUUGACAUGCAUCUCCUUUAGCUGCCAAGCUGAAGCCGAAGAUUAAAAACAAGCUCCUGUCUCUCUCCUGCUCUUUUGCAGAUGCAUCCUCACACCUUUUGUAUUUGAACUGCAGAUUAUUUUCAAACGUCAAUUUUUAGAUUUCAAAAGUCAUUAUUUUCUGACGUCUCAAAUAAGUUCUCUUUUCUUUAUAUUGCAGUUUUAAAAAAAUGGAAAAAAAAUGUAUUGACUAUGAAAUAAAUGACACGAUAUUUGCUAGGUUUGAAGUAAUAAUGACUUAUUGUACAUAAGCAUUUUUUUCCUCCCUUGUACUGAAAAAAUAAAUUAAAUGGUUGUAUAUUGUGUAGAAAAGCAAAACAAAAAGCCAUGAAUAUUGUGAAGCUUGUCAUUUCGUUUUGUGAUCACUGUGUAUUAUUGUGUAACUAAUGUGCAAAAUGUUUGGGAUACUUUUUUUCCCCUCCCCUGCUUGUUGAAGCGAUCUCCCUGGAUGCAUUGCUUUGGUUUUGGACUAGUUCGAGUUUGCAGGAAAGUGCUCAUUGGUUCAGACAAAAAGGUUCUGCCAUCAUACUACACACCUCAACAUUACUUUGUUUAUUUUAGAAUGGUUUCCUGAACCUGCUCUAGAUAAAAGCACUUUGAUGCUUCACUGUGUGUGUUGAAUUAAAUGGACCCCCAUUAUAUAAUGGUUUGAUGCAGGAUCGGGCUGUUGCAUCCCUUUUCUGAUUCCGGCCUCUCACUAAAAGAAGCAGACUGGUGUUUUUUACUAUAUGACAUAACAGCUGACCACUUGCACAUGUCCACACAUCCGGGCAGUCUUUGGCUUCCUUUAAACCACAAAGACAUUUCUAACAGCUGAACUGGACACUGGAGGCUGAAUCAUUUGUGCUGCUUGCUCACUGUAAUGAAAUAUAAGAAUCCAUAGGACACACUGGGCACAGUUGUCAUGAGAAUGAUGUCAUUGGCAGAUAGAGAUAUCAUUGUUUCACAGUGACUGAGGUCAAUAAUGACAUUGAUCCCUGUAAUCCUUCAGUGCUAUGAUCUCAUAACUUGGACAAAUGAAAGCAGAAAACAUCAUCUGUAUGCUCAUACAUGUAAAUUGUUUUCCUCACUAAGAAGAAGGCAUUUCUGGAGGUAAUACAAAGAAGUGUAACUUUUAUACAGAAUUUUGCCACAAGAUGUUUCAGGUAUGUGUCCAUGCAAAGCUCUGACAUCAAACCUGGACUAACUUUAUAAGAUCAGCUACUGCUCAAGCUGAGAAUUACAGACCCUGAAUCAGUGAUCACUUUUCCUGCCAACACCAGCAUACAACAUGUAUGGUCCUCUACUGUUUGGCUUUAUAUUCUAUACCUUGUUAUAGCUAAUGCAGGGGAGCAUUUAAUUGCAAAAUCAGUUUUAUCAAUUUUUGGAUUUACCAGUAGAAGCGUUUCUUUUUGUCUAAUGAUGACAGUGUUGAAAUAAACAUCUGGGAAGUAGAAACAGAAGAUGAAAUUGACCAGAUAUUAAUUGAAGUCCUUUUGGUUUUGCUUACAUCAAUCCUGACCUUUUGCACAUACUUGAUAUUUAACGGUCUUCAAAAGAGUAAAAGAAAAUAAUGCUGUUUGAAUACUGCCAGUUGAUUGACAAUUAUGCAUUGAUUGAAAAAAUAAGCUAAUUUUGGAGGAAAUAACUUUGUAAUAUUUAUCUCUUGCAAGCUAUGUUUAAUAAAGGUUGAAACAUUU